AUGGCGGCGCCGAGGCAGGAGGAAGCGGCACGUGGCCUGUUCGGCCAGGGGGUGAAGGCUGUGCUGGCCCACUGGCCCGCCUUGCAGAUUGCAGUGGAAAACGGCUUCGGCGGGGCGUUCAGCCAAGAGAAAGCCGAAUGGAUGGCGGGGGCCGUGGAGCAGUAUUUCCAAAGCAACGCUGACCUGGAGCCAGACGAGGUGGACGAUUUCCUCGCAGAGGUGAUGAACAAUGAAUUCGAUACGAUGAUAGAAGAUGGCAGCCUGAGCCAGGUAAGCCAGCAGCUGUGCCAGUUCUUCCGCCAGUGCCAGCAGGGAAACGGAGCAGCGGUGCAGGAAGCCCUUGCGCGCCUGGCCCAGAAGCAGCAAGCGGCCAAGAGGGUCGCCGCGGAAGCUCAGGCCGCCGAAGAAAGCAGCAGCGAGGAGGAACAGGAAGCAGAGGAAGAGGCCAUGGAGUGCAGCUCAAACGGACUGCAGCCCAGCCCGCCUCCUCCCUCCUCGGGCCCCGAUCAAGAAGACGGUUGGACUUUGGUAAGGAAGAAAAAGAAAUGA